AUGGUGGUGGGCAACUACUUUGUCAACUCGUCCUUCAGCAAUCGGACCCCAGCAGAGGCAACCACGUCUGGACAUCCCUUCCUUCCGACAGAGGACGACGUCUGUGUGGCAGAAUUGGGUCCGACUGAAUGGAUACUGAUUGUCCUGUACGGAAUUGUCAUCAUCGUUGACGUGACCGGAAACGGUAUCGUCUGCUACCUAAUCUUCUCGGAGAGGCAGUUAAGGACAAUAACUAAUUUCUUUCUGGUGAAUUUGGCUGUGGCGGAUAUCGCAAAAGCGUUCACUGGUAUUCCAUUUUCACUGAUGGUAAACUUGAUAUUUAGAUACUGGCCUUUUUCUGCAUUUUUGUGUCCGUUUGUAGCCUACAUAGAGAUUGUCGUGGUAUUUGCUAGUGCUUUUACGAUGGUCGCUAUGAGUGUGGAUAGAUACAUAGCUAUUGUACAUCCGCUGCGUCCAAAACUGACCUACAGUGGCAUGGCGUUCACCCUUCUCACUGUGUGGUUGUUAGCCUUCGCCAUGCCCAUUCCGACUGCCCUCAGCGCGGGAUUGUACAUUCCGGACACCCCGAAUUCCACAGACAGGUAUACAUGUUACAGCCAAAAAGAACACUGUUUGGAGAAUUGGUCGAACGAGUCACAGAGGUCGGUAUAUAGUCUGCUUAUAAUGACUCUACAGUACGGAAUUCCAUUGGUGGUCCUAGCCUUUACAUACACCCGAAUAGCUGUCAUUAUCUGGAUACGGCGAACACCUGGGGAAGCCGUCAGACAACGGGACGAACGCCUAGCAUCAUCAAAACGAAAGAUGGUAAAGAUGAUGAUUGUGGUUGUGUUACUGUACGCUUUGUGUUGGCUGCCUCUCCACACCCUCCAACUCUACAGUGAUGUGGAUCCUACUAUCUAUGACCACGUCCCCAACUCACAUCUACUCUGGAACUUCAUCCUUUGGCUCGCCCUUGUCCAUGCUUGCUGUAACCCUGUCAUAUAUUUCUGGAUGAACAAAAGAUUCCGAUAUGGGUUCCUUCGACUUCUAGUGUGUUGUCUGAAGAGGAGCGUCCCACAACACAAUGCCCACCUCCAUUCCCAGUUCACUAUGAACUCCCUCCACCAGAACAGCAGGACAAAACGCUACAGUGUAUUGUCACAUGGCGAUGGAGGGAGGACAUCAGGGACGAAGAAUGAACCGUCUAACACCUCAUAG